AUGUAUGAUAAGAGCUGUCUCUUCAAUAAAACUAUCUACUCCGUACGUGCAAACCAGCAGGGAGUAAUCCCAUUCAUUCACUAGAGACCAUUCACCAGCGAUGAAUAGGCCAACUGACUUGCACAGCCCCCCUUAUAACAGCUGAUUAUUUUGUUCAGACAAAGGUAUAUAAAGGUAUAGUUAAACCCACUGGUGAGAAUCUUGCUACUUUUACAAACAUCAACAAGAUUCUGCAAUCUCCAACUAAGCUUUCAAAACCAUUUCUUUUGAACAGAGAAUACCACUUAACGACCACCAUGUGCCUUACAUGGGGAUACUUCUUCGCAAACUGCCCGGGAAGAAAUUACCGCAAUCUCAAGUUGACGGAUAAAACGAUCCUCUGCGAGGCCAAAAAAGCAAACCCAGAGAAGAGAUGCAAACAAUACGAUUGGGUCAACUGUAACGUUUCGCAAUAUUGCCCCACAUGCAUUACCGAACUUGAACUUGGGCCCAAACGUACUCAGGAGUCUCCCAUCGCCACUCUUAAUGAGGAGGAGCGCAGUGAAGCAGACCGAGCCUUGAAUCUCGAUUACAAGAGCAAAGUUGACGGAAAGCUCGAUAGCAAUAAAUGGAUUUUCGAUAAUCAAAAUAAACGCGUUCAUCACCCAGAUAUCCCUCAUCAACCACCCGUCUUUCCCGUUGAGCGCCCUUUAUCAAUGGAAGAUUACUCUUGGCUGGCAAAUUUGGAAAGAAUUAUGCACGAGCGGAUCUGGGAACACUGGGUUGGAACAAAAUAG